UCCUUCUCACAGCUGCAACGUGUCCCAGCAGGGAGGCGUUGCAUAGGGAGAGACAGAUAGUCCGUAGGCGCUUCAUUCUGCUCGCUGGCCGAAGGGAGCGGGGCCGCGGAGAAAGCUCUUCCUGCCUCAUCUGGCAAUUACUGCUCUUGUACUAGCAUGAUGAAGGGCUGUCAGAACGAGUGCCCAGCUGGAGGAUGUACAGGGGGAGCCACAAAGCAAGCGCCUGAAUCUUUCAAGGCUGCAGACUUAAUUAUUAACCCAGCUACCACUUUCAAGGAAAAACCAGACCCCAGUGGUUUGGUGUUCGGAACUGUUUUCACAGACAACAUGCUGACAGUCGAAUGGUCUUUGACUUCAGGAUGGGAGAAACCUUAUAUUAGGCCUCUUGAGAACCUUUCAUUACAUCCAGCCUCAUCAUCUCUCCACUAUGCUGUGGAACCAAGAGGAGAGACAGAGGAGAAUCUGGUCCCAAUGGUGUGGCUCAAUGAAUACACACUGUUUGAAGGAAUGAAGGCUUAUCGAGGAGUGGAUGGUAAAAUCCGCCUGUUCCGUCCAACGCUCAACAUGGACAGGAUGGUGCGGUCAGCGGCGCGAGCAACACUGCCAUGUUUUGACAAGGAGGAGCUAUUAGAGUGCAUCCGGAAGCUUGUGGAAGUGGAAAAAGAGUGGGUCCCGCGCUCUACAUCUGCAAGCCUGUAUAUCCGCCCUACUUUAAUUGGAACAGAGCCUUCUCUUGGAGUCAAGAAGCCAACUAAAGCCCUGCUGUAUGUUAUACUGAGUCCUGUGGGCCCAUACUUUGCAAGCGGAAGCUUUAAUCCAAUAUCCUUAUGGGCAGAUCCCAAAUAUGUAAGAGCCUGGAAAGGAGGAACGGGGGACUGCAAAUUGGGAGGGAAUUAUGGUUCUUCCAUCUAUGCCCAGCGUGAAGCUAUGGAAUUAGGGUGUCAGCAGGUUCUGUGGCUGUAUGGAGAGGAUCAUCAAAUCACUGAAGUCGGAACAAUGAAUCUUUUCCUGUACUGGGAAAAUGAAGAUGGAGAAGAGGAACUGGCAACCCCACCGUUAGAUGGCAUCAUUCUUCCUGGAGUGACGAGGCAGAGCAUCUUGGAUCUGGCACGCAAGUGGGGAGAAUUUAAAGUGUCUGAGCGGUACAUCACCAUGAGUGAUCUGACAGCUGCCUUGGAGGAAAACAGAGUGAAGGAGAUGUUUGGUGCUGGGACAGCUUGUGUCGUAUGUCCUAUUUCUAAAAUAUUAUACAAAGACAAGAAUUUGCACAUUCCAACUAUGGAGAAUGGACCUCAGUUAGCAACCCGCUUCUUGAAUCAGCUGACUGAUAUCCAAUAUGGAAGAGAAGACAGCGAAUGGACACUCCUGGUGUCAUGAAUGCAGAGUGGCGGGGAUCAGACCUUCCAUACACUACCCGACAGGCCAAACCGUUACACCAGAACAAUCACCGAUUUUCUGUAGCUGCCCAUUUAGAGCUGUGCGUAGGGUAGUCAGUGUUCUCCCUUUCCUCCCCAGGGUGAUUUGUUUCCACAUGCCAGGGAAUGUGAACACAAUCAUUAUGAUUUCUACCAUAGUCUUACUAAUAGAAGCCUAUCUUCUUGUUAGAGAUGCUAGAUGUAAGCAAUAGAACUGUCCCAACUGUUUUCUUGGUGCCUCCUUGUGUCUUAUGUACAGUCCAAAAACUUGUCAAAUACUCUUCAACUGGUCUUCAGUGUAAGCCAUGGUGUUAAGCCGGAGAAGACUGCCAUAUAAAAAAAGUUGCCCAUUACUUAGGGGAACAGUUACUAUCCCUUAGUCCUAUUUCAUUUGCAUCCUCAGGCAAUGGAUUAUGUUUUUCUCUGUUACUCCACUUAUGUGGGAGGUUCCUCGCUGCAUUCCCAGAGCCCCGAGGAGCCCCUGUUUUUUAUUCUGCCAACAUCAUACCCUCACCUUUUAGCCCCCAUGUCAUAGCAACCACGCCUUUAGAAUGAGGAUGACUUGGUGGGAAAUCCCUUCAGAGCCCGGCAACACCACUCCUGAAUCAGCUUACAAGAACUUACAAGAUACAAAGUGAUCUUUCCCCACCCAAGGCUUUACAGUGCUCCCAGCCCUGGCUGGCCCACUUGUUUCUUACUGUGAUCUUUCUAUUUUCUGAAGAGGCCGUGGCUUUCCAGUAUGGGUUCUCCUGUAUCUUCCCCUGCUUGCCAGUGGAAAAGUGCUCAGUGCAGGAGAACAGAGGGAUUUCGUUCACCCCUUGCCAUUCUGCACUACCAUGUUCCCUUACCUCUUUAUACACCACUAGACUCAUGAUACACUCUCUCUUGUUGCCAUUUGGAAGCAGAUACAGAGCUGUUAGCUCGCAAUUAGGGAAAUUAAUAACUUCUGCAAAUUUUCCUUAACCCUUAAAUAUGCUACCAUCCAUAUAAGCUUUCUCAUCUAUGCACACACUUUUCUCAACUAGUUUUAAGACGUCUCUUGCCAAAAAGGAACUACAGUAUUCGGUAGUAAUACUCCAAAAUGCUAGGGGCCUGAUUCUUCUGUUAUUCUGACAAAGAACUUAUGUAACUUCAUAGCUGUCAGUGGAGUUAUACCUGCAUAAAAUCAGUUUAACAGAAUGGAGCCUAAGACCCUACAUUUUACACUAGCCAUACAGCAGUAUUUUGGGAACUAACUUGUGUUUUUUUAAUAAGGGGGGAAGAGUUUCUCUCCCACACUUUCUAACUGACCCCACCUAUAACUAGCAGUUGCUAACACAAUGUAAAAUAUAUUAAGCAUCAUUUCUAAUGGGCAGCCCCUUGUCUUAAGCCACCACUUAAAAUUACCCACAGGGCUUUCUUGUACAGUAUUUGGUCAAACAUUAACCCUCAGUCUCUACUAGGCCACCAUUUUAUGCUGGUCCCGUGAGUGAUGGGUUAGACAGAACUUGCUGCAGUCUGUUCUGAUACCUUAUUGAAGAACAGUUGAAGGUUACCAGUGACAAUUGUUCAGAGUGAGUUGUUGGACAGUGUUCUAUUUAGAAUAUACCUACAAGCACAAAAUGCUGUUUCAUUUAUGGUAGCAGUAGUACUGUGUAUCUCUUCUACUCACAAUUUAAAUCUGUACUGUGCUCUGGUCUCUGUUCAGUUUCUUGUGAUAUAUCAUAGCCCACUGGUAGUUUAUUUAUUUUUAUUCGUCUACUGGAAAAAUUAACAUGGGGGAUACAUCGAAAUACAAUGUGAGGUAGAGGCAUUUUUCCAACAAGGCAAGUACCACAACUGAAGAGUGCCUUUGACUAGAGUGUGUCAU